AUGCCGCAAUCUGCGACUCUGUCGCUGAGCGAGAGCGACUUUCUAUACAUGCAGUACAGCUGCGGAGCUACCAUCGCAUUCGACAACGAAGGCCAAGACAUCUCAGCUCAGGACGUACCGGCCGGUGUGCAUGUCCACGGCGGCUCAGGCGCGGUCGGUACACUGUGGUUGAACACCUGUAUUGGAGUGUACUUCCCGCUGGACAAAAACCGAUGCUUCUUAGCUCACAUCAACGCCUCGUCUCAAAGCGAGAGGCCAAAUAAUGCUGUCGAUGAGGCAGAAGGGCGGGAGAUCCGAGAGAUGGUAUGCAAACGACUUCUCCAGGAAUCCGAAACCAUGCACUGGAAUAUCUUCGACUCUCUUUACGCCAGUACAAUCGUGGUGUGCGCUCCAAACAAGUACCGCAAGUGGGGUGACGGUCGCGUGAAGCUGGUAGGAUACUAUGUCGUCAAAGGCAUCAGAGACUUCUUGAAGGAACACGCCAGUUUCUUGCUGCAGGAGUCGUACGCUGCCCUCGACCGGGCGAGAGAGGAAUCAGGGCUUGAUUGUGAGACGGCAAGUGUGCUGCUGGACGACGUGCAAGGUGCGCUGUGCAAACCAGACGGUGAGGCACGUCGAGGUGUCCUCGAGCAAGCCAGAGAGAGCGCAGAGUUGUCCAUCGCUGUGAAAGAUAAGUCCACCUCCUUGUUGGCACAAGCUGCGUUCAAGGAGAAGGUCGGUGCUCACGGCUUUCUUGUGCGCCAACGUGCCGGAGAAGGCAAGCUGCUGAAGUGGGUUUCUCACGGGCGCCGAUUUCGCGACUGGGCAGUAGACACCAUCCCUUCAGACGUCCUGGAGGAAGGAUGGACGGCUCAUGAAGUGCCUCGCGAGGAUUGA